AUGGCGCAUUCCGUCCAGCCAUCCGCCGAGCUGGUAUGGCAGGCCGAACAAAAUGAUCUUCUGGCCCCUUACAAAACCGAUGAGGAGCUCGCCAUGCAGGCCGACAAUACUUUUUAUGCCCAAUUGGAAACCGAUUCGGUGAACAAAACGAAUGCGGUGGUUAAGGUCCUUCAGAACAAGCAGGAAGGCGAGGUUGAGAUUGUUGGGAAGGGUCCGACGCGUCGCUCGAAGUAUGAUUAUUUGGAAAAAUGGAGAGAGAUGUAUCGACAUGGGACGCUGGAAGUCCCUGAACGGCCACUUCUGCGUUUUGGACGUUCCCCCGACGACCACCACGACACGAUGGCGGCCACCGUAAGGGAUUGGUAUCGUCGUAAUAAGAAGUCACCUCUAACCGAGGAUCAACUUGCGCGAUCGAAGGUCGAAAAUGAGAGAGAAAAAGAAGCCAAGUGCUCCAUGAAAAAUUUAAAACAAGCGAAGCGCGCAAAGCGCAUAAAGGUGAGAACGCAUAAACUUUAA